AUGGGAAUUUUCGGUAAACCUAAACCAGCCUACUCCCCUCCAGAGCUCCCCACUCACGAUCCUGUCCCAAAUCGAGCCAUACAAAGACGAGUCUCCCUAUUCCCUUCUCUCGCUUCUAUUGGUCUCAAUGAACCUGAUCCCAAUGCACCCAUCGAUCCUGUCCACCGUGGACGCACGUUCUCAGGUGAAGAACAACGAACCAUCAAUGGUGGAAGAUUGUCACAUUCUAUCGUACCAGCAUGGCAUAGAAAAGCAAGUUUGGCGAACGCUAGAAAAGACACGAAUCCCACAAGUCUAAGAUUAGGGGAAAGUACGGCCAAUGCCGAUGGAAUGAACAAUGCCUUCUACAAAUCAAAACUCACCAUUGACGAGGGAAGCUCCGACGAGGAUGCCUACGACUCUGACGACAAUUUCCCUAGCAGGCUAUCAGUGACUAGAAAGAACAAGGGGAAAGGGAAAGCAAGAGCAUCAGAUACGUUACCUGGAUGGGAAGCUGCUCCACCAUUAAAAAGUAAAUUGAAGAAGGGCAAAGCAAAAGAUAAGAAGAGCAAAAACAAACACCGGUCAAAACGGGUUAUGAGACGUCUUGAUGAAAAUCUUGAUGCCUAUAAUGCUUAUGCUCAGAAUGGUCUUGUACCACUGACCAGAUCAGCCAAUGCAACGCGAGAGGAAAUGGCAGCACUGAACCCACCACCAAUGUCAAUCGCCAAUGCUAUAUUAGAAGAAGAUGAAAUCACCUUCCCUAAAUCCGCCUCUCACACGAUGUCCCUCAAUACUGCCGCUCAGAAUGAACAGCCCAGAGCAGUUCUAGUAGGGGAUGGAUUUGACGCUUUGGAUAUUAUGGCGGAUCACAUCUUUAGGUUAGGUGUUCAAAAGAAGAAAUGGUUCAAAGCUCCUCGAAUGGGUAUACGGAGGCAUGAAGCCGCUACAGGUGUUACCAUCAGAGCUAGAACAGGAUUAUACAGAAGUUUCCCUGUUGACUACGAAGCGCUCAAACCUUUCGAAGAAGCAAUCACAAAGCUCAAUCCAGAAGUGGCCAUCAAGAUAAAAUCAGAUAUCGUGUAUACCAUUAUGGAGACAUAUAUCAAUGCCUCCCCCUCAAUGACAGAACUCGUUAUUGACGAGAAUACUCGUAUACAAAUACUUGACAGUAUUGAACUUCUUGCUCGGGCAAGAAAGCAUCAAUACGCUGCAUUCAUCCGAUCGGAACAAGUCUUAGUCGUUUGGGCCGACGCAGUAGAAAACGUGGUAGCCGCUGCUGAGGCAUUGGAAGAAUCUUUAAUACAAUUUGUAUGGCAAGGCCCAGAAGUCAAUGUCAAAUUCAACUUGGUCAUGGUUCAAGAUGCUAAAGCCAGAGAAGAAGUGCAAGAACAGGAAAGAAGAGAUUCUCAGAACUCCAAUGAAAAGUACGGGGUCGAUGGUGUGGUAUUACCAGAGUUAACAGUCGACGACAAAGGGUCAAUGAAGACCAAAGAGGAAGACUUGGAUCCCGAGGAUAUCGCCAAAAGAGCACUCAAGCAAGGAUGGAGAGAAAGACCGGUCAUGCUCAUAGCUCCUAUAUCCGAUUCUUUCGCCAUCAUGCUUUGUAUGACUUUGAUUGCUCUUGGUUUACGAUCGCUUAUCAAGGAGUACUUGCUCGAUGGAUCAGCGUUACGCUUCGUCCUCUUCAUUUUUGCCCCGGGCCUUUUCUGUAUCACCUCUUUUGCUGCUUUGUGUGUUAUCGGAUCAGUUUGGCAAACAUUCGGACCUGUGCGUCAAGUCACUCAGAAAUCAAAAUACUUUUCAGGUAUUGCACCCAAACGAACAAUGGGAGCAUUAGCUCAUGUCACAGUGCAAUUACCUGUAUACAAGGAAUCACUCGAAGAUGUCAUCAUGCCCACUGUCGAAUCACUCAAAGUAGCUAUCACCACUUACGAACGACAAGGUGGCUCAGUCGGUAUUCUCGUCUGUGACGAUGGCCUCCAAUUGCUUUCCAAAGCAGAAGCAGAUAAACGACGCCGAUUCUACUUUGACAACAGUAUCGCAUACGUUGCUCGUCCAGGACACGGUGUAGAUGGUUUCAUCCGAAAAGGUCGUUUCAAGAAAGCCGGAAACAUGAAUUACGCGGCUGCUAUUUCACUUCGAGUCGAAGAAAUCAUGGAUGAAUUAAGACCGCCUGCUCAAGAAAAGCUUGAUCCUGAACAUUUCUGGAACGAGCUCAAUGAAAAUGACGUAUAUGACGCUGCCCUCGCUCAAGUUUUGGAAGAAUACGAAGGUAAAGCUUGGGCCGCAGGAAACAUUCGAAUUGGUGAAGUCAUCUUGAUCGUCGAUUCAGAUACUCGAGUACCCGAAGAUUGUUUCGCCGAUGCUGUCUCAGAAAUGAAUGAAAGUCCAGAAGUAGCCAUUAUUCAACAUAUGUCAGGUGUUAUGCAAGUUGCCAAUCAUUUCUUCGAAAACGGUAUCGCACAUUUCACAAGAAGUAUUCAACAUGCCAUCUCCUAUUGUACCGCAAGUGGCGAAGUUGCCCCAUUCGUCGGCCACAACGCUUUUCUUCGUUGGUCAGCUCUGCAAGAAUGUAUGUCCAUAGAUCCCGAUGAUGGUGUCAAUAAGAUUUGGUCAGAAGAUCACGUGUCCGAAGAUUUCCAAAUUGCCGUGACAUUGCAGAUCAAGGGGUACACCGUACGAUGGGCAACUUACACCGGCGGUGCGUUUGAAGAAGGUGUAUCCUUGACCUGUGACGAUGAGAUCAAUCGUUGGCAAAAAUACGCUUUUGGUUGCUCUGAGCUUCUGUUCCAGCCCAUCAGACAAUGGAUAUUCAAAGGACCGAUAACCCCUCUUUUCAACCGAUUCAUGUGGUCCACCAUUCCAAUUCACUCGAAAUUCACUAUCUGCGGUUAUAUCUUCUCUUACUACGCUAUCUCUUGCGCUUGGAUCCUGACUGUCGCCAAUUACUUUAUUGAAGGUUGGAACUUACCUGUUGAUGGUUAUUACCUUCCAUCUUGGGAAGUCACUCUCGUCUGUAUCAUCCUUUUCACUGGUCUCUGCAAUGUCGCCUUCAUUGUUCUUCGAUAUCGACUCAAGAUUCCGAAUUGUUCCCAACUUGCCGUUGAUCAGAUAAAGUGGAUCCCUUAUUUCAGUAUUUUCUUUACUGGGAUGUCUAUGCCCAUGUCUGCAGCACUGGUCAGUCAUUUGGUCGGAUAUAAUAUGACAUGGUCCACUACCGUCAAAACUGUCGAGAAAUCCAACUUCUUCUUGCAAUUACCUAUUAUCUGGAGACGUUUCUGGCCUCAAUUGAGUUUCUUCGGUCUCUGUGUACCUAUGAUGGUCAUCACAUCAUCCAAUCUGCUUCCUGCCGCAUAUCGGGUCGAUAACGUUGAGGUGUUCGUUCCCAUGGGUAUCAUUACAGCGUCGCACUUGUUGUAUCCCUUUGCCUUGAAUCCUUGGUUCUUGUCUUUCUCUUUCUAA